CAGGUUGUUCAGAAGACUGCUGCGACCUUUGCACCUAGGGCUUCCACCGCAUCAAAGAACCCAGCAGUACCCGGGACUGUUUUGUACACUGUUUUUGAAGUUCAAGGUUAUGCCUCAAUGUUGCUUGGUGGGGCACUUUCGUUCAAUUUCAUAUUUCCAUCGAAUGAACCUGAUAUAUGGAGAUUAAUGGGGAUGUGGUCCAUUUGGAUGUUUUCAAUACCUUCCCUUCGGGCUCGAGACUGCUCAAAAAAUGAGAAAGAAGCUCUCAACUAUCUUUUUCUUCUUGUUCCACUACUAAAUGUUCUAAUUCCAUUCUUUUGGAAAUCCUUCUCAGUCGUCUGGUCUGCAGAUAUUAUAGCAUUUUUUGGGAUGUAUGCAUGGAAGCUUGGCUGGCUGCAGAAGUCAGAAUAGGUGCAUGAUAUAGUGUGUUAUGUUCUUUGUCAAAAGGUUUCUUCAACUGGC